UGGAAGUGCAACAAAGUAUGGCGGCGCACACUCGCAAGUUUCGUGGGUUUGUUUGAUUCGCCGGUCAGUGUGCGUUGUGGUAAUGCUGACCGCACAAAACAAAAUUAGAUUACAUAGAAAGAUUUAACACACCUGUGUGACACAACACGUCCUCUAGCGCACAUCUGCCCUGCAAUUUGAGAUGAUGCAGUUAUCAUGCUUACCUUUACUGUUAUCAGCUGUUGUACUGCGAGUAGGCUGUGUUCAGCAGAAAGUAGUGUCUGUGACCUUAGAUUCCAAAUGGAGUAAUACUCCACUGCACUUAGAAGCAAGUGAAUUUUUUGCAGAAGAAGGUAGUGACCAUUUUUGGCGUUACGUUAAUCACUUUCAAGAAGCUGACCUAGUCUCGUUUUCAAACAGUACUCCAAAGGUUCAGUAUGAAACAUUGCUGGAAAUUGCAAGUAGGCACCUGUCUCCAGCAAAGCUUGCACUUCUCAAGCUUUCACUUGCACUACGUGCUAAUUCUCCAGUAGUUGAGACAUUCCAACAGCUUGCUCGGGACAAGAAAUUUCCUGAAGACUGUGAUUGUGUUGUUGAAGUGCGUGGGGGUGGACAUACAUGUAACUUGGAAGAACUGAAUGGUCUCUUGGAAAAGAGGGACAAAGGGAGCAAGCUGUACAACUUGAAGGUCGAUCACGUACAUCCGGGGGGAUCUCCAAACGUUCCUACUGUUAUCUUGUAUGGCGAUUUUGCAGCACCGGGCUUCAAAACGUUUCAUGAGUCGCUUCGAGCAAGAGCCAAGAACCACGAGAUUAACUAUGUUCUCAGACACUAUAGCAGGACGCAGUCUUCGCGAAAGGUCAGACUUUCUGGCUAUGGUGUUGAACUUGCUAUCAAAAGCACUGAGUACAAGGCCCAAGACGAUACAAAGGUUAAAGAGGAGCAGAGAAUCCUCGACUCUGACGAGAGUGAAAAGGCAGAAAAUAUCGAAGGCUUCGACUUCAAGAAGCUAAAGGAGUUAUAUCCAGAUAAGAAAGAGGAACUUAAUGCCCUGAAAGCCCACUUAGUCGAUUCUGGAAAUGAGAUAGCAGCACUGAAAGUGUGGGAACUGCAAGAGCUCAGCUUGCAGGCAUCUCAAAAGGUCCUAAUGGCACCCCUGGAAGAUUCACUGAAGACAUUGAGAGAUAUCUCCCAAAACUUUCCCUCUCAGGCCCGUUCCCUUGUAAAAAUUUCUGUCGAUGCAAAGCUAAAGCAAGAAGCUGAACGCAACCAGCAGAUGUUCCGGCAGUACUUGAACUUGGAACCAGCUGAUGCAGCAUUUUUCUUUAAUGGUCUCUAUUAUGAUGUCGAGAUCACUGACAUGUUUACGCUACUGCAAGCGCUAAAGCAGGAAACAAGACUCCUGGAAGGACUGUAUAAUAUUGGAAUUCCUAAACCUAUGAUUCCAAAACUGAUGAAGAUUGACUUGCUGAACAAUAAACAAGAAUAUGGUGUCGACAUAAGAGAUUCAGCAGUGCUGUACAUUAACGACAUUGAGAAUGACUCUCAGUAUCACAACUGGCCGAGAAGUAUACAGGACAUGCUUCGGCCUUCCUACCCAGGCAUGCUGAGGAACGUCCGUAAAAAUAUGUACCAUUUGGUGAUCAUUGCGGAUCCGUCAAAAAAGCAAGCCCGUGAUAUCCUCAAACUGGCGGAGUCCUUCUACGUUCAUCGUGCUCCCCUGAGAAUUGGUCUAGUGUUUGCUGUCAACCACAACAUGUCAGCAACUGGAUAUGACGAUGCUGGAGUUGCCAUGCUGAAUGCAUUCAAUUUCAUCAGCCAGGAUAAAGUUCCUUAUGAAGGACUGUCCUUUAUCACAGAUAUUUACGCAUCAACCAAGGAAGAGAUCACAUCAGAUGACGUCAUCAACUUUUUCAAAUCAAAGUAUCCUGGCGAAGAUCUUAGCCUUAUCUUCGGAGAAGACUCAGACUAUGACACAGGGCGCAAGUUGGCAUGGGAUUUCAUAAACAAAACAAGGAUAGGAGGUCCUCCGCAGGCUCUCCUUAAUGGAGUCAUGCUCAAGCAGUCACAUUUAAACUCUGACAUGUUUGAAGAAGCAGUGCUUACGGAAAUUAUGAAGCAAACACCUCUGAUUCAGAAAAGUGUGUACAAGGGUGACCUUAGUGAUCUCAACAAUGUGCUGGACUUCUUAAUGGAGCAGAAAAAUGUAAUGCCACGACUUAACCAAAGGGUUCUCACAACUUCCGGCUCCUACUUAGAUAUGACAGGACACGUAGUUGAAGGUCUUUCUUUGGAAGACUUUUCCGCCCUUUCUCCUCAAGACAUGGUUGCAACAUUCGCAGCUCAGCUGAAGUACCUCACGCCUUCUGAUCCAAAGCAGUACUAUCCACUGACAGUUUGGGUCGUUGGAGACUAUGACACUGCUUUUGGUAGAGAUCUGCUGAGCAGUGCACUGGAGCACUUGAUGACUACCACCCAUGUCCGUGUGGGAGUGAUUCAUAAUCCAAGUAGCACUGCAGAGCACCACAAAGUAGGCACGGCCAUCCAAACUGCUCUGCACCACCUUCUGCCUAGUGAGGCGUCUGCAUUCAUUAGGAAGCUUUUCAAGGAAAAGAACUUGGCAAGCUUCUUGGAAGGAAAAAGGGAUGUGACAGACUUCUUGCCAUCGAACUCUAACUCUGCAGCAUUCAAGGAGGCAUAUGAAAAGUUUAACAGCAGUUUUCUUAAGUGGCACACUGUCUUCUGCGCUCAAAUUCUAAAAACAAACAAGGGGGAGCGCUUGGUCAUUGGAAAUGGCAGGGUUAUUGGCCCCUUUGACAAUGAAGAAGAGUUUAACAGUGACGAUUUCAGUUUGCUCGAAAAAUACUCACUCAAUGUUCAUGGCGAGAAGAUAAAAAAUAUACUUCAAGAGGACGGGGACACCCGUGAGUUAGACAGUGACCUCGCAAUGAAAACCGCAUGUGUCUUGCUUUCACACAUGCAGACGAAGACUAGACAUGACGUCAAGUUCUAUGGCGACGAACACAGCGUCCUGAAGAUUCCAGCAUCGCAGCCUGAGGAACCCGCUCACGAAGUCGCAGUGGUUAUGGAUCCUGUUUCACGGGCUGCUCAGAAAGUGUCACAGCUCCUUCUCGUGCUGCAGAAUGUUAUCAAUGCUAAUGUGAAAGUAUUCUUCAACUGCAUUGACAGGCAUUCUGAUAUGCCUCUCAAGAGCUACUACCGUUUUGUGAUGGAAGCGGAGCCUUCUUUUAACCUCGACGGGGACUUCAGUCACGGUCCUUACGCAAAGUUUGUGAACAUGCCCCAGUCCCCAUUGCUGACCUUAGGCAUGGCCACUCCAGAAAACUGGAUGGUUGAAGCGGUAAGGUCUCCAUACGACCUUGACAACAUCCACAUGGAGCAGGUGGAAAGUAGAGUGCACGCAGAGUUUGAACUGGAAUAUCUUCUGCUUGAAGGCCACUGCUUCGAGCAGUCGACUGGUAACCCACCCCGGGGCCUACAGUUCACUUUGGGGACCCAGAGCGAUCCAGUUGUGAUGGACACUAUCGUCAUGGCUAAUUUGGGAUACUUCCAACUGAAGGCUAAUCCUGGUACAUGGCUACUCCGCCUAAGACAGGGAAGGUCUAGUGAGCUCUACGACAUUACCAGCCACGAAAAUACAGAUUCUCCGCAGGAUUUUGAGGAUGUCGUGGUGAUUUUGAGCAGCUUUAGAAGCCAUGUACUUAAGGUCAAGGUAAGCAAGAAGCCAGGCAAACAAAAUGAGGACCUUCUGUCAGAUGGCAAAGAUGACAGUCAAGACAUUUGGAGUUCAUUCGCUCAAAUACCUAUUAUUGGUGGCAUAUUAACAGAAUGGAGAGAUAUAGCGUAUGAGAUAUACAGUUCCAUAGUAGGAGAACCAAGUGCAAAGGAGGACGAAGAUCAGGAGACUGUCAUCAACAUUUUCUCCCUAGCUUCUGGCCACCUUUAUGAACGACUACUUAGGAUUAUGAUGCUCAGUGUAUUGAAGCACACAAAAACUCCGGUCAAGUUCUGGUUUCUGAAGAAUUACCUCUCACCAACGUUUAAAGAUGUGUUGCCGCACAUGGCUAAGGAGUAUGGCUUUGAUUAUGAGCUGGUUCAGUACAAGUGGCCACGUUGGCUCAAUCAGCAAACUGAGAAACAGAGACUCAUUUGGGGGUACAAGAUUCUUUUCCUUGACGUACUUUUCCCUCUUGAUGUGAAAAAGAUCAUUUUUGUGGAUGCGGAUCAAGUUGUUAGAGCCGACAUGAAGGAAUUGGUCGACCUUGACCUCGGAGGGGCUCCUUACGGAUACACACCAUUCUGCGACAGCAGGGAAGAUAUGGAAGGCUACAGGUUCUGGAAGUCUGGAUACUGGGCCAGCCAUAUGGGAGGAAGAAAAUAUCACAUUAGUGCCCUGUACGUGGUAGACCUCAAAAAGUUCCGGCGCAUAGCUGCGGGUGACCGUCUCAGGGGGCAGUACCAGGGACUAAGCCAGGAUCCGAACAGUUUGUCCAACCUGGACCAAGAUCUGCCCAACAACAUGAUACAUCAGGUAGCCAUCAAGUCUCUGCCUCAAGAAUGGCUCUGGUGUGAAACUUGGUGUGAUGAUGAGUCAAAGAAGCAGGCCAAAACAAUCGACCUGUGUAAUAAUCCCAAGACAAAGGAACCGAAGUUGGUUGCGGCAACCCGCAUCAUUGCGGAGUGGAAGGAUUAUGACGAGGAGCUGAAACGGUUCAUUGAACGCUACGAGAAGGGCGAGACGGAAUCGAUCGAACUACCGGACACCAAGAAGAUUAAAGAAGGAGUUGCUCCACACAUGCACGCAGAGUUAUGAUGUAUGAAGAAAUUUCUCCUGUACAGCAAUUGCCACUGUUUGUAAGAUCUUUCUCAAGCAUUGUCAUCUACAUCAGCCAUUGUUGCCAUAGUGUGUGAUGCAUCUUCGAAGAGGGACUUUUAAAUAAACCAUCACACAGUACACAUCUCUUUGGGGAAGCUA